AUGAUAUCUUUUGAUGUAGUUAGUUUAUUUACCAAUGUUCCACCUACCUUUACCAUUGAUUACAUACUUGAUCAACUGUAUCCAGUCUGUUCAACAAAUUGUUUACAAUUAUCAAAGAGUAAGCAGUGUGUCGAUUGUAAGCGGCGCAUUGAUUUUCAAACUUUACUUGAAAUAGCUACAUCAAAAACACAUUUUUCUUUUAAUAAUAAAAGAUAUGUACAGCAUGAUGGUGUUGCAAUGGGUGCCCCUUUAGCUCCAAUAAUUGCUGAUAUCUUUAUGGCUUAUUUGGAAACAACAUUAAUGGAUGAAUUAAUUAGUUUAGGUGUUUGUGAAUGGCAUCGUUAUGUUGAUGACACAUUUGUUUUUAUUAAUCCAAAUGCAAAUGUUAAUGACAUAUUAUCCGUUCUCAAUUUUUUUCAUCCACCAAUGAAGUUUACUUAUAAAGUCGAAAAAGAUAAUGAAUUAGAAUUUCUCGAGGUAAAAGUCAUUCGAAUACCUGAACGACAUACCCUUGAAACAACAAUUUAUCGUAAGCCAACAUUUACUGGCCUUAUUACAAAUUGGAAUUCUUAUGUUCCUAUAGAAUAUAAGAAAUCUAGUAUUACAAGUAUGACUGAUAGAGCAUUAAGAAUUUGUUCAACAUAUCAACUAUUAUCAACUGAGUUUAAUGAAAUUAGGAAGAUCGCCAAAUUAAAUGAUUAUCCAACAUCAAUGGUUGAUACCUUAAUUGGAAUUAAGUUCAGUAAAUAUCGUAACAAACAACAAUCUAAUGAACCAACAACAAAGAAUUCUAAUGAUAAUAGACAAAUUAUAUACGUUGAAAUACCUUAUAUUAAGACAACUACAUCAGAAUUGAAGAAACGAACUCAACACCUUGCAAGUAAAUUAAGAACAGAUCUUAACAUUAAAUUCUUUAGUAAACCACCGCCCAACACCAAUACAUAUUUUCAAUCAAAAGAUCCUAUUACGAAGCAUAUGUUAUCAGAUGUGGUAUAUUCAGUUAAAUGCAAAGAUUGUGGUCAAUUAUAUAUAGGAAAAACUGAACGUCAAUGUAUACGAAGACUUCAAGAGCAUGGUGCUCCAAGAACAACAUUCAAUAUUCAACAACAAGGAAACCAUGAUCUUGAUGAUUCAGAGUUAAGACGUUCAGCACGAUUAAAAAACAAAACAAAACAACCACAACCGCAACCACAACCACAACCACAACAACAACAACAACAACAACAACAACAACAACAACAGCAAUUAAUUUAG